AUGAAGCUCGCGUUGCUCCUCGCGCUCUCGGCGUUACCUGCCGCAGCCUUCGAAUUCCCCGCGCGCCCUCCCAUUCGCUACGCCGGCGCACUCGCCAGGCCUCAGCCGCUGCUCCUCGCCAAAAAGCGCAAGGCCAAGAAGAAACCGUCCUCGGCUCGGCCACCAGCGGCGGCGCCACCGACGCCACCGCCUCUGACGCCGCUGCCGCCUCUGACGCCGCUGCCGCCUCUGACGCCGCUGCCACCUCUAUCGCCGCUGCCGCCUCUGUCGCCGCUGUCGCCGCUGCCGCCUCUCUCACCGCCGCCGCCACUGCCGCCGCCGCCGCCACCCACACCGCCUUCAGCGGCGGCGUCACCAGUCCCAGUGCCGACGACAGAGUCUGGGAUGCCGGCUGUGCCCCUCGUCAUGGCGGAGUUUGUCGACCCGUCCGAGGCGGUCGCGCCGCGACCUUCUUCCGCCACGCCGGCCCGCCAGCCGAGCCGGCCGGAGUUUGGCGUGGACGAUGAGCCGCUGGUGGCGCUGCCGUCCUUUGACGAGCUGGCGGCGCUGAGAGGGCCGGCGGCCCCUCCGGCGGCGCCUCCCGCGUCCAAGCUGCCGCCGAUCAACGCCGGCAAGGCCGCCUACUCGCUGCCGGAGGAGGAGGAGCAGUCGCCGGUGGAGAAGAUCUUCAUCAACACGCCGCUCUUCCAGCAGCUCAAGCCCGCCAUCCUCGGCCCGCCUCUAGCGCGCGAGGACACCAUGGCACGCGAGGCGGCGGCGUCCGCCCCGCCGCCCGCCUCCGUCUUCCCCGACGCCGCGGCGGAGUAG